CACAAUAGCUAGCCUAACCAGUGAGCCAAGAGAUCUAGCACACUAGCUAGGAGAUGGCCAGUGGAAUCGUGACGGUGGCGAGUGGUGUGAUGAAUCCUCUCAUCAGCAAGCUCACCACUCUCAUGGGCGAUGAGUACAUCAAGUUCAAAGGGGUGAGAAAGCAGGCCUCAUUCCUCGAGAAGGAGCUCAGCGCCAUGAAUGCUGCCCUUCAGAAGCUCGAGCUCAUUGAUGAGAUUGAUCCAACCGUCAAGGAUUGGAGGGACCAUGUUAGGGAGAUGUCGUAUGACAUGGAGAAUUGUAUUGAUGACUUCAUGCGACAAUCUCGUGCUGACGAUGCCAAGGCGGGCUUCAUCAAGAAGACUUCUCGGCGCAUCAAGAAGUUGCGGGAGCGUCUUCGGAUAGCCGACCGGAUGGAAGAGCUCAAGACUCUUGCCUUGGAGGCAAAUGCUCGACGCCAAAGGUAUAAUGUUGAUGAUUGGAAGCCUACCUCGAGCACUGUGGCUUUUGACCCUCGAUUACGAGCGGUGUACCAGGAGGCGGAUACUCUCGUGGGCAUUGAUGGCCCAAGGGAGAAGGUUGCCACCAUUUUGAUGGAUGCUCGAAAGAAACUCAAGGUGGUGUCGAUUGUGGGCUUUGGUGGUCUUGGUAAAACUACACUUGCUAAGCAGGUGUAUGACAAGAUAGGCUCGUUGUUCGACUCCAAAGCAUUCUUUUCGGUUUCGCAGAGGCCUGAUAUGACUGAGUUGCUCAAUAGUUUCCAGUUGAAACUAGGGAUGAGGGAUCCCGAUACAUCUCGUCCUCGCAAGGUUGAAGACAUCAUUGAAGAGCUAAGGCAACAUCUGAAGGAGAAGAGGUACCUGAUUGUUGUCGAUGAUGUGUGGGAUCAAUCAACAUGGAAUACUAUUAAGUGUGCUUUUCCAGAAGAUAUUAAUGGAAGUAGAGUAAUUGUUACAACACGAGUGGAAGAUGUGGCUGCAGCAGCCUGUCAGAAUGACGGCGAGGGCAUCUACAAAAUGAAACCCCUCAGUGAGCAAAACUCAAGAAUGUUAUUGUUGAAUAGAGUAUUCGGGUCCAAAAAUGAUUGUCCACCCCAACUAAAAGAAGUUAUGGCUGAGAUUUUGAAGAAGUGUCAUGGAUUGCCACUUGCAGUUAUCACAAUAGCUAGCCUAUUAGCCAAUAAAGAAACAUCAAGGAAGUGCUGGGAGAGCAUAAGGGAUUCUUUGGGUACCCAGCUUGCCACAAAUUCCACCUUGGAAGAGAUGAAGAGUAUAUUAAACUUGAGCUACAGGCAUCUUCCUGCUCAUCUUCGGGCAUGCCUUUUGUACUUUGGUAUGUAUCCCGAGGACUCUCACAUCUGGAAGGACGAUCUGGUUCGACAGUGGAUAGCUGAAGGCCUUGUCAGUAAUUUGCAUGGGCAUGACCUGGAGGAUGUUGGCAGGAGUUACUUCAAUGAGCUUAUCAACAGAAGUUUGAUUCAGCCUGGUAAGAUAUUUCGCGAAGAGGUGUUCUCAUGCAGAGUGCAUGACCUGAUGCUUGAUUUCAUCUUAAGCAAGUGUGAUGAAGAUAACUUUAUAAGUGUGGUGUACAAUUAUAAUGACAUGGCAAGACUGGAUGGCAACAAAUACAAGGUUCGCCGAUUAUCUCUGAGCUCUGUUUCUGGCCGUGGAGCAACAUAUGCCCCAACUAUUGACGUGAGCCUAUCACAAGUUCGGUCAUUUACACUUUUCUGGACCCCCCUGCCUUCUCUUUUGUUGUUCAAGUAUCUCCGAGUGUUGAAUAUAGAAGAAUGCAACCAAGAUAGGGAGGCCACACUUGACCUCACUGCUAUUGGCCAAUUGUUUCUUUUGAGGUAUUUGCUUGUUAGAGUGGCAUGUUUUGUGCAGCUCCCUGCUAAACUUCAAGGGCUUGUUUACUUGGAGACGUUGAAAAUGCCUCUUGCACAGCUCAAGAGCAUCCCCUCGGAUAUGGUUCGGUUGUCUCACUUGUCCUACCUUGAUAUUAGGAUGGAAAAAUUCAUGUCUGAAUGUGUUGGGAAUAUGAAAUCACUGCACGGUCUGAUAAUAGAUGACGUGAUUUCAGUGAAGGUUAUUAUGGGUCUCGGAGAGCUGACCAAUCUAAGGAAACUGGAUAUCAGAGUGAAUCGUUGGGAAAAGCCAGAACGUGAUGCUUUCGCCAGCUCCCUUGGAAAGCUCCGUAACCUCAAAUGUCUCGAAUUCACUGGUCGCUUUAUUAGUAAAGAAGAUAAUGAACUGGACUCACUGUCCAAUCCUUUUCCGCGUCUCGAGGAAUUUAUCGCCACCUCUUCAUGGAAAUUCCGUAGGGUUCCCGUAUGGAUGGGUGGUCUAAAUUGCCUUCGCAUCCUGGAGUUGAGUGUGAAGGAGGUGUCAACUGAGGAUGUCAAUCUUCUUGGAGAGCUUCCGUCCCUUGUUGUACUCUGGCUCGUGUCGUCACAUAUCCCAAAAGAAAGGGCUAUGUUGGGCACGGGACUGUUCCCGGUUCUCAAGAGAGUAAGACUCGAAUUUGGGGCUGAGGAGGAUGUUGGGGGUUACCUAGGGUUCGAGGCGGGGGCCAUGCCCAACCUACGAGACCUCAUUUUCUCCAUAUCGAGGGAACACGGCGGUAUACCAGUUGGCCUGGAGCACCUGCUACGCCUUGAGAAGGUCUUUAUGCUUGGGGCUCGCAUCGGUGAUGCCAUAGUAUCUGCGUUAAGGGACGCUUUAUCAGCGCACCCAAACCACCCUUACGUUGGCCCUUGACUAGUUGAUUUCUUGUGUCUCGAAAUGCAGGUUGUAUUUGUCAAACUGCAUGGUCAUUCUGUUUUACCAGCAGUGAGCUGCUCAGCAGGUCUUUCAAUUAACGAUGGGCAUGUGGACGUUUUACCAUGUAAUGUAAUCUUAUCUUAUCUACCCCUGCAUAUUAAUUUCCGCGUGCAUCAUAAGGUGUACAUCCAACUGAACCUGGCCUAUAAUUUCUGUAGUGGAAUGUGCAUGAUUUGAUAUAGUAUUGUGUGAUGACUGGA